AAGGUGAGGAAGGAAGGAAAGAGGGAGCAGAUGAAGGUUUUCUCACCGUGAACCUGAAGCUGAGGCAAACUUUCCCUCCUUCUCUUCUUUACCAACGGUCCAGACCCGGUUACAAAACCCGCUACAAGCCGGGUCAAAUCUGCUCCAAACCGGUCCUCUUCUAGACCCGCUCCAGACCACCUCCCUUCUCUCCCUCGAGCUACUCAGUCCAGCUGUGGAGGUUUUUAGGCGGUAGUUAAAAACCAAGUUAAAAAAGGCGAAACCGUCCGUGUCUACCUGUCCAUAACAAUCACUGUGCCGUGGGCGGGGUAGCCCGGAAGUGACGCCAUCACGCUGUGCUCUUAAAGCGAACGUCCGAAGCGCAGUCAGGCGGAACCUUUAGAGGCGGAACCUUUAUGAGCGGAACCUUAAACGGGCACUUCUCUGUUUCUGGGGGGAACUUUUAACUAAUUUAGUUUCACAGCCAGUUCAGUGGUAGUACUGUGUUGAGACAUGUGAAUAAACUGGUAGAUUCAGCUGUCAAGACUGCAUAUAACUGCUUAUAACCUGCGUUGUUUCAGCUAAGAGGCGGACAUGCUCUCCACGAUCCAGAACACCGACGUGAAGCAGAAAGAUGCUGAUCGUGCAGUCGUCGUUGCGGUCACGACUCGUGCAGUGUUUGAAUCUGAUGAUGGUGAUGGUGUGUACGGAAUGGGCGUUGCUUUCCCGUUGCUGCAGGCGCUGCAGAGAGUGAACCAACGCCUGCUGGAGGAAAAUCCUGCUGAGUCGCUGCUGUUUGUUGUCGUCCUGAUCACCACCGACAGCCAGCAACAGCAGCAGAGCUCCCUCAUCAUCAGCAGCACCAGACAUUACGGUCUUGAAGUCGGCCGGUUCUGCUUUUCCAGUCAGGAGGAUUUCAUCGAGAGUUUACUGAAAAAUGAUGUGCAGCUCUUCCUGUCGACGGACAGAAAUGAGGUGCUGCAGGCGUCACAGAAAGGUGUUCUCUCGGCGGUGCUGGACCGGCAGGUAGCUCCGCCAGAGCAGCUCAGAGUGAUAUUGUGCGGGGACGCCGUCGUCCGGCCCGACACUGGCCCGGUGCCGGCGAGCCAACAGGCCGCCCAGAGUUUCUCGGCUCGGCUCGGCGAGAUGCGGCGGAGGUUCGGCAUGCUGGACAGCCCCCUCAGCAUCGUCCUGGUGACGUCGAGCGGGGGCAGGGAGAGCUGCGGCGUCGCCCUGCGGACGCUGCGGUCCCGCGGGCUGAGCGUGGACGAGGCGUACUGUCUGGCCGGGGCCCCGCGGAGCCCCAUCCUGUCCGUGCUGCGACCUCACUUCCUGCUCAGCGACGGCGUCAUUGACUGAUGACAUCAUGAGGGGGGAGUGCACUGUCACAUGACCUCACAAGAGCUCCACUGUGUCUUUAAACCAAGUUGCCUAAACCGCAGAAUAAAUUUCAAGUCAACAAAUGUUUUCAGCUCAUUGAGCCUUAAAGAGCCAAUCAGUGAUAAAUUAUGUAAAGCUAAGCCCCGCCCACCACCAACAUUCCAACCACAGGAUUGGACACUGUCACACAGCAGUAAACUAGUUCUAUAUCUUUUGAUGACUAAUGUGUGUUUUAAUUUGAGCUCUCUUAAUUGGAUGAUAUAAAUAAACCUGAAUAAAUCACAAACGUUUCACCCUGUAGUUAACUGUAUUAUCACUUUAACUCUGAUCCUGUUAUUAAUGAGGAGAAAUGUAUACUACUAAAUUGAACUCCUUGUGUUUGACUGUUGAAUCUUAAUGGUGGGAUGGCUCCAGUUUCAUUAUCUACACGUAUUUGAAAGCUUCUGUUGUAAAUGUAGAAACGUUCUGCUACUUUGUCUGUUACUUUGCGUUUACUUGCAGCGGUAUGUUGGAUUACUGUCUGUAUUUUGAGUUUCUUCAUGUCCUCUGCUGCUCCGUCACUUAGUUUUAGACCAGCUCAGCUCAGGAUGUUGAUAAAACAGCUUCACCUGUUUCUAAAGCUCUGUAUGCACAUAUAAAAUAUUUUUAAAAUGGAAAUGCAGUUAUGUUUUUGUAGCUGUGGUGUUUAAAAAUGACCAGCAGAUAGCAGCAGAGAACUUUAGUCAGUAAAGUGUUUAAGACACAAACAGGCAGAUAAUACAAAACAACUGGCUGUUAAUUACAUUAUUGUUUUUUUAAGAGGGUUCCAGGGUCCUUGGAGAGGCAGCAUUGUUCCUUGACAAGUUUCUAGGUUUCCAUAAAUAAAUUACAGGAAUCUUUGGGGAAGUUUCAGGUGUCAUUGAAGAGGCUCCAGUGGUCCUUGAUGGGUUUCGUCUGUAGUCCUGAAUGCUACAAAGGCCCUUGAGACGGUUCCAGGUGUCCUAGAAGAGGCAGCAGGGGUCUUUGGGGUCCUUGAACAUUUGGAGUUUUGUCGUCUGUCUUACAGGCUGUUGGACAUCUAUCCAUCCACAGUGACUGGAAGUACUGAGAUGUCAUUUACUUCCUGUGUUGUGCACUGAUUUACCAUUUUUGUCUUUCAUUAAAGUCUGUACGUUUGGUUUUACUGAGAUUUUA